AUUGACAGCCCUACACCUAGGUAUGCCAAGAGCGAGAUAAGGUUCAAUCUCUUGGCGGUGAUCAAGAACAGGAAAGAGGUGUACACUGUCGAGCUGAAGGAGCUCCAGAGGCAGAGGGAAAGGAUCCUGGCAGCUUCUCAAACUGAAGGGGUCAGCCGGGGCAGCUACGAAUCGAUGAGCAAGUCAUUGUCCGAGGUGAACAGUGGGAUCGAGACCACAACUGCAAAGAUCCUGAUGGAGGAGAAGUUCAAGAAGUGGAGAACCGAGAACAUUAGGAGGAAGCACAAUUACAUCCUGUUCCUGUUCAACUUCCUCAAGAUCCUUGCUGAGAAGAAGCAGCUCAAGCCUCUGGUCGAGAAAGCUAAGCAAAAGGCUGGCAACGCCAAGUGA